UGUUACUAACCCGUGUCUAUAUUAUGGAAUUAGAUAAUACAUAUCUAACGUUGAAUUUCUCUUUAUUUUAAUAUUAAAUCAUCAUUAAACUUGUUGAUAAAACUGGAUUCUGGUUUUUAAAUAACUCUUGAAUUUGAUGAUGUCUCCAACUCUGUAUACAGCUAUAUGGAUUCUGUGUUGUCUGGUACCAAGCAGAGGUGGAUUUUUUUCAAAUUUACCAGGAUUCAAAAAGUUUAAAAACUGUGUAAAUCCGUCAAGAGAGUGUCCAAACCCAAAUAUAACAUUUCAUUUAUAUACAAGGAUCACGGACGACUAUGUGCUAAACUACUCGAGUACGGAAAGCUUGAAGCAAGCUCCUUUUAUAACGAACGCAUCCAUCAAGCUGCUCAUACACGGUUACACGGGUCACAAGAACUAUUCGCCAAACACCGAACUCAGACCAGAGUACCUCAAAUACCAAGACCUGAACGUAAUAUCGGUGGACUAUAAGGAGCUAGUGCAACCACCGUGUUAUGUGCAAGCGGUGUACAACGUGCCACUGGUGGGAAAAUGCACCAAUAAGUUUCUACAAAAGCUGUUCAGAGUUCGAGAGGACCUGAAACUGUUCCACUUACAUGUGAUCGGGUUUAGCUUAGGCGCUCAAGUAGCCGGCCAUGUCGGGCGGCUGAUGAAUAGCUCAAUCGAACGGGUAACCGGUCUAGAUCCAGCGUCCCCAAUGUUUAGUGAAUUCUGGUUCAACAACGAAGUAUUGGAUAAAUCAGACGCAAAAUUCGUAGACGUAUUGCACACCAAUAUAGGCCUCAAGGGCAAAAUUUCGCCACUUGGUCAUUUGGACUUUUACGCCAAUAACGGUUGCAAACAACCUGGCUGUACAGAUACGUCGUGCAGCCACGUACGGGCUGUUGAAUAUUUUGCUGAGUCAAUAAACACCAAAAAACCGUUUAUGGCAGUCAAGUGUUUAAGCUACGUACUUUACAAAUUGGGAUGGUGUAAACCGUCCGACACUUCACCAUUAAUAGUCUUUGGAGAACAUGUGGACAAAACCGAAAAAGGAGUUUACUAUUUUAUGACAAACGAAGAACCGCCAUUUUCACAAGGAAAUGAAACAUAUUAUACAAAAUAAAAAACCAGAUUAACCGAAAUGAAAAACCUUUGACUGAGUUAUAAAUACGCAAAUCGUUUAACCAACAACAAUAUGUCAUCAAGUAUUCCAAAUCCAAAAAUACAAACAUUGAUAUAUUUUAAUUUUGUAACAUUUAAAGUUUAAUACUGUCUAUAAAAUAAAUUUCAAUUGAUAUGUCUUAAAACAUAUAAGUUAUAAGAUAACAUCUAAAAGGUGUAUAAUUUAAUUAGUUUCAAAUAAGUUUUAUAAUUUUACAGUAUUAUAUUAUAAAAGCAAUAAUUAAU